AUAUAAAGUCCACCUGGCCGAACUAGUCUGCAAGACCCUAACCCUCAACCGCCACGGCCGUGUCCGCUCUUGACUACCCUCUCCACUAAGCGAUCUGGUCGCGUGCUAGCAUUUAGCAGCACUUGAACAGGACCAAGUAGAACAUGGCAGAACCACCAAGGGAGUCAUGGGCUCAAAGGCUACGAGAUCACUGUGCCGUUCGUGGCUUUCCAGCGCCGACGUUCCAAGACCACUCCGACCGUCGAGGGAGACGCACGGCAUGGACCUGUGUCGUUACCGUCAACGGAGUUCCAAUCAAUGCUCGCUUUUCCUACGAGUAUGACUACAUUGCCCAAGCCCGCGAAGACGCCGCCGAGCAAGCGUUGAGGUGGAUCACGGGCGUUACCGACAUUGGACAACAGCCUCCUCCCGCGAGCUACUAUGCCCAACAGCGGACACAAAAUCUGCAGAGCUCGCAACACCUAAUGCUGUCUCAGGCAACUCAAAUUCCCAUCCGGAACCCAGCACAGGCUCAGCUUCAAUAUCCAAACCCCAUCCUAGCUCAGCAACAGCACCCGAACCAAAGCCAGAACAGACAAUACCCAGGCGCGAGGUGAGACACCUGGACUCCGGACGAAUGACAAACACAUUGGCCAGGACAGAAACUUGCC